AUGGAGGACGAUAGAGCUGCAACCAACCUGGGUCCCGAUACGGACCAGAGUAUGCCAGAAGAGGUCGCGCCCGUGCAGAAACAGCCGAAAAGGCGCUUCGUAGGGAGAAAGGCGGGAGAGAAGGCGGGCGAGCAGCAAGCAGACCCCAAUGCCAAUAUUGAAGAUUCGAGCGCGAUACAAGUUGCCCAGCCUCGGCGUACAGCUCGUGUCCUGAAUGCGAUCCCCGACGAGAUUCUGCACGACCAAGAAAUCAACGACGCCAUCGCGCUCCUACCGCCCAACUACAACUUCGAGAUCCACAAAUGUAUACACCGCAUACGGACAUCAGGAGCCAAGUCGAUAGCUUUGCAGUUUCCCGAGGGAUUGCUGCUAUUCGCAACCACCAUAUCCGACAUUCUGACGCGAUUCUGCCCUGGUACUUCGACGUUGAUAAUGGGUGAUGUCACAUACGGGGCGUGCUGCAUAGACGACUACACAGCGCGAGCGCUCGGCUGCGACCUUUUGAUACAUUACGCGCACAGUUGUCUGAUACCGGUAGCAGUGACCAAGAUCGCGACGUUGUACAUCUUCGUCUCCAUCAGUAUCGACACACAGCACUUGAUCAAUACCAUCACAGAAAACUUCGCUGCCGGAAAGACUAUCGCUUUGGUUGGUACUAUUCAGUUCAACGCUACAAUACACGGCAUCGUGCCGAUACUGCGCAAGGAAGGCUACAACCCAUUUGUGCCGCAGAUUGCACCUCUAUCCAAGGGUGAAAUUCUCGGCUGCACGUCACCGUCAAUGGCCAUCAAGCCAGGUCAGCUCAAUGCGAGAGGCAAAGAGGAGGAGGUGCCCGACAUGAUAUUAUAUCUUGGCGAUGGACGUUUUCAUCUUGAGAGCGCCAUGAUCGCCAAUCCACAUAUACCUGCAUACCGCUACGAUCCAUACUCGAGGCGACUUACACAUGAGACUUAUGAACACGACUCUCUCUACGACUUGAGGCGCACUGCCAUCCUCACAGCCCGGAAAGCACGCACUUGGGGUGUUAUUCUUGGCUCACUAGGCAGACAGGGAAACCCACACACCCUGACGCUCAUUGAGAACGAGUUGGCGCGACAAGGUAUCAAGUGUGUCAACUUGCUCAUGUCGGAGAUCUUCCCUGGAAAGUUGGCAAUGAUGUCAGAUGUAGAGGCUUGGGUACAAAUUGCAUGUCCCAGGUUGAGCAUCGAUUGGGGCUACGCCUUCCCAAGGCCGCUGUUGAGCCCUUACGAGGCACUCGUUACGCUCGGCGUGAGAGACGCGCCAUGGCUAGAGGAAGACGACACAGUGAGGAGAGCUGAAGCGAAGGAGAGGAAGAAUCUCUAUCCCAUGGACUUUUACGCCAAAGAGGGCCUAGGGCGGACUACUAUAGACCAUGUGAAGGCCGCGGAGGUACCAGUUGGAGCAUGAAUAUUGAUUGAUUCUAUAUGACGACGGCUUUCGCUUCCGCUCAAAUGGAUAUCAUUUAUGUUUUUGCAUGGCGCUUACAGAUUUUUGCUAUUCUUUGGGACUUUUCACAUCUUUCCCUUCGGCUUUACAGGUUGUCUUCGUGGCAAAUCGGCGCAGGGAAACAGUGGCCCCAAUCAAAAGUCUCGAGGCCCAGAGCCAAUGCUCUCACUGGACUAGAAUACUUUUCGCUUGUUCCGGGCUUUCAUCGCAACAUCAUCAAAGAAACAUCUUUCUAUAGUGAUACCCACAAAUACGGACGUAUACAAAUUCACUUCUAAG